UGCGGACGAGGCGAGAUGGCGGCCACCGAAGGGGUCGGGGAGGCUGCGGCAGGCGGCGAGGCGGGUCAGCCGGAGCAGCCGCCGCCCCAGCCGCACCCACCGCCCGCCCAGCUGCAGCAGCAGGGUGAGGAGAUGGCGGCCGAGGCCGGAGAAGCAGUGCCGUCCCCUAUGGACGACGGGUUUCUGAGCCUGGACUCGCCCACCUACGUCCUGUACAGGGACAGAGCAGAAUGGGCUGAUAUUGAUCCAGUACCACAGAAUGAUGGUCCCAAUCCAGUGGUCCAGAUCAUCUAUAGUGAAAAAUUUAGAGAUGUGUAUGAUUACUUCCGAGCUGUUCUGCAGCGUGAUGAGAGAAGUGAACGAGCUUUUAAACUGACCCGAGAUGCUAUUGAAUUAAAUGCAGCCAAUUACACAGUGUGGCAUUUUCGGAGAGUUCUCUUGAAGUCCCUUCAAAAGGAUCUACAUGAAGAAAUGAACUACAUUACUGCAAUAAUUGAGGAGCAGCCCAAAAACUAUCAAGUUUGGCAUCACAGACGUGUAUUAGUGGAAUGGCUGAAAGAUCCGUCUCAGGAGCUUGAGUUUAUUGCUGAUAUUCUUAAUCAGGAUGCCAAGAAUUACCAUGCCUGGCAGCAUCGGCAGUGGGUCAUUCAGGAAUAUAAACUUUGGGAUAAUGAACUGCAGUAUGUAGACCAGCUUCUCAAAGAAGAUGUGAGAAAUAACUCUGUCUGGAACCAAAGAUACUUUGUCAUUUCUAAUACCACUGGCUACAAUGAUCGCGCUGUGCUGGAGAGAGAAGUCCAGUACACGCUGGAAAUGAUCAAACUAGUACCACAUAAUGAAAGUGCAUGGAACUACUUGAAAGGGAUUUUGCAGGAUCGUGGUCUUUCCAAAUAUCCCAAUCUAUUAAAUCAAUUACUUGAUUUGCAACCAAGUCACAGUUCCCCCUAUCUAAUCGCCUUUCUUGUGGACAUCUAUGAAGACAUGCUAGAAAACCAGUGUGACAAUAAGGAGGACAUUCUUAAUAAAGCAUUAGAGUUAUGUGAGAUCCUAGCUAAAGAAAAAGACACUAUAAGAAAAGAAUAUUGGAGGUACAUUGGAAGAUCUCUUCAGAGCAAACACAGCACAGAAAGUGACCUCCCAACAGAUGUGCAGCAAUAACACCAUCCCGAAGAACGUGAUGGAGUGCUUUUAUUUUUUUAAGGGACUCUAAUGCAAGAUCAUUCCCUUUGCCUGUGGUGUGAAAUGUGCACUGCACAGGUAUUGCUUUUUAACUAGAAGGUUCCCCGGGUGCUGCUGCUAUCUGAUUAGCUCUGAGUAAUAACAGUUAUUUUAAAGCAAAGUUGUUGGAGGGGAGGGGAAAGAUAAAAGUUCCAUCAAGGAACUUUUGUAGUCUUAUCAGCAUUUAGCCUAAUUGCUUAGCAUCAGCUCUUCCUUGAGUGGUCUGUGGGUAAGGACUGGAAGUGGUAGUGGCUGCAGGUAACUCAUGUAAUGGACGCAAGUUGCGGUUCAGCAAGCAGGAAAUACGGUUGCUACAUUAGAGCUGCUCUGCCACACUCACAGUAUCUUGCUCUCACUGUAACCAACUAAUGCCAAAACAGUGAUUUUGUAAUAAAACUGUAGAUGUAUCUAAAAACAGUA